AUGGGUGGUGGUGGAAGUAAGAAACCUAAGCAAGUUAAUGAACCGCCAGUACAAAAGCUGCUGCCACCUCCAUUGGAGCAACCCAAGAGAGAUGUUUCUUUGCUAUCGCUACCGCGCGCACCGCCUACUUUUUCGCCUGUUGAGGAAGAACGUCCAAGAAUUAGCCCAGUAUUACGACCAAUAACUCCUGCCAGUACGAAAAAAAGUGUUUCAGUUCGAGAAAAAAGUUUCCAUAAAUCUGGAGAUGAAGAGAAUGAUCAUGAUGAUGACGACGACGACGAUAGUGAUGAUGAUGAAGAUGAUGAUGAACGACCAUCAACUAGUGGUCAGCGGGGAAAACCAAAAUCUCGUGCGACAACGAAAGUUACAACGCCAAGUCCUAUACCGUUGCUCAAGAAACGAGCAUCUGUGGCGAGUUCAACUACAACAACAACUAGUACUCAUUCGGACUUGCAUCGAGCCGGUUCAUCGACACACAAAGGAGAACUUGGUCGUUACUGUUCGCAUUGCCCGCAUUGUCAACGGCGAAGUCCUGGUAAAAAUUCCAUAGUCGCCGAAAAAACACCUGUCUGGCUAACAAAAAGACCAAAACGAGAGGGUUUAACUAUAAAUAUGGAUAAUUAUGAUGCCGACGCCAUUCAUGAGAAAGUCAUCGCUCUCAACGGUCAUAUUCCUGGUUCGUAUGAUUAUCAGCCCCAAUUGACGAUCGCACUUACCAAAGAUAAGAAUGAGUUUACGAAAGAAAACUACUUUACUCUACCAUUUGUAGUUAAAACAGUACCAGGCGUUGCACCAGCAUGCACACCGUUUCCAAACUACAAGAUUUUGGAACGCAACGAACGACGUAUCAAUAAACCUUAUACAUUACCAUUAUUUACCGAUUAA